CAGUGGCAGACAGAGUUUCUUGACUGAUACGACCGUCCCAUUAUGAUGACCAAGCUCAUUUUUCUAGCUGGCUUUUCCCUGGCAUUGUGUCACUUUGGAUGGGCCUCCCAACUCGCAUGCUACUUCACAAAUUGGUCACAGUACAGACCUGACGUUGGAAAGUACCUGCCAGAAAAUGUGGAUCCACAUCUGUGCACUCAUUUAAUUUAUGCUUUUUCCAUAAUUAAUCAGGCAAAUGAGUUGGUCACGUACGAAUGGAAUGAUGAAACUCUCUACAAAUCUUUCAAUGGACUAAAGGAAAAAAAUCCCAGUCUGAAAACUCUCUUGGCUGUUGGAGGAUGGAACUUUGGCACAGCUCAGUUUACUAUCAUGGUGUCCACAUCAGCAAACAGGCAGACGUUUAUUCAGUCCUCCAUCACAUUUCUGAGGAAAUAUGGCUUUGAUGGUCUGGAUCUGGACUGGGAGUAUCCAGGUUCUCGUGGAAGUCCUCCAGAAGACAAGCAAAGGUUCACUCUGCUCUGUAAGGAGCUCUUGGAAGCUUAUGAGGCAGAGGGUGCUGCCACUGGACGCCCCAGACUCAUGCUCUCUGCUGCAGUGGCUGCUGGGAAAGAAAACAUUGAUGCUGGUUAUGAAAUUGCAGAAAUUGCCAAGUAUUUGGACUUCAUUAAUGUGAUGACCUAUGACUUCCAUGGCUCAUGGGAAACUGUUACUGGGCACAACAGUCCUCUGUACCGUGGCUCUGGGGAAACAGGAGACAAUAUCUACUUAAAUACUGAUUUUGCAAUGACAUACUGGAGAGAUCAGGGUGCCCCUGUGGAGAAGCUGAGGAUGGGGUUUGCAACCUAUGGAAGAACAUUUCACUUGGCAUCUGCAGCCAGUGGAGUUGGAGCUCCAACUAGUGGUCCUGGAUCAGCUGGAAAGUAUACCAGAGAGCCCGGAUUCUGGUCUUAUUAUGAGGUCUGUACUUUCCUUCAAGGAACCACUGUACAAUGGAUUGAUGAUCAGAAAGUUCCUUAUGCAACCAAGGGCCAGGACUGGGUGGGAUUUGACACCAAAGAAAGUUUUGAGACUAAAGUGAACUAUCUAAAGGAGAAAAAGUUUGGAGGAGCUUUCGUCUGGACUCUGGAUCUUGAUGACUUUACAGGACAGUUCUGUGGGCAGGGCAUAUACCCUCUCAUUGGACAGCUCCAUAAACUUCUUAAUAAUGGUCACCAUAGCCACCAGAUCCAGUCUGUAUCCUGAUCAGAGGGUCACUGCAGUCACCCGGAUCCAAUAUGUAUCCAGACCAAAUGGUGGAUCAGCACCUAGAGAGGACCUCUACAGCCCAGAAAGACAGCAGAGACAAGGACAACUAGAGCUCCAGAUACAGACCCCCUGUAAAGACCUUGUCUCAGAUGACCACCGGGACAAGACCACAGAUGAUUCUUCUGCACAAUCUGACUUUGCUGCAGCCUGGAAUUGAAAUGCUGGUUUCGUCUGGUCAGAGGAGAACUGGCCCCUCAACUGAGCCUUGUUCCCUUUCAAGGGAACUUCGAAUUGUGUCCUCUAGGGGGCGCUUUGGGGAACACCUCAUCGUGAAGCAUACUUUGAAAAACACCAACGCAUUGGCCAGCGACAGCCUCUGACGUCACUAGCGGCACAACAAUAAAUAAGCGCCCGGAGAGCACGUCAUUAUCUUCUUCGUCUUCAGUGACUGUUUUGUUUGAAGCGUGCAUCUGAGAAACGACCACGGUAAGAGUGAUCUUGCUUUGUUUAUCAUGGCAUCCACUAUCAAGGCGUUUAAACAGUGUGUACAUCCAUGUCGGUGUUAUUUGACACCUGAUGACACACACAGUCUUUGCGUCUCUUGUUUGGCCAAUGUCUUUGAAGGGGCGAUCUGCGUCCAUUGUGAGCAUUUUUCUAUGAAAAAGCUCCUCUCUCGUUUGGGACAGCCAUCUGUUUCCCGCGGUUCAGGACUCGCCGCCGCUGAGGCACGGAGGAGAAUGAGCUUGUGGGGAUUACAGGUGGAUCUCGUUGAAGAGUUUAGAGAGGGACUUUCCCUUUCAUGCUCUUCGGCGACAGUUGAGAGUGAACUUCAGGAGGAAGAUGUGUUGUCAUUAACCCUUUCUGAUUUUGAAGUUAGUGCUCUGCUGGGUUCUGCCCAGGAAGAGCAGGAGAUGUCUGAGGGUGGCAAAGAAGCUGAGGCUGAGCCUUCUCAAUCCUCCUGCCUUGCAUAUGUGGAGCUGUUAGAGGUUAUGGAUAAAGUUGGACUUGGACUUGCCAUGGAAUCGUGUCAGCAAAGUUACGCCGCAAGGUCGCCUUUGAUGUGCGUUUGUUUGACCAUAGCCCUCCAGCCCAGGUGAGCCUUCCAUUCUUGCCUGAUUUACAUGCAGAAGUAGAAAAAAAAUGUAAGAGGCCAUUUUAUUCUCGGAUCCAUCGGUUUCAGCAUCUGAGUUGUGCUAACAUCAAGGGCAUGCGCGAAAAUGGCUAUGAGAAGAUGCCCCCUGUAGAAGAGAUGCUGGCUAGCUAUCUCUCUUUUGGGGAAACAUCCUCUAUUAAAUCUUCCUCUUUGCAAGAUACAUCCCGCUUAAAUGGCAGAGCAUACGUAGCAGCAGGUCAGGCUGUGGCUUCAUUGCACACGAUGGCAGUGCUUCAGGCCUAUCAGGCUGACCUGCUGAAGGACCUGGAUAAAGGUGAGGGCCUUUCAGCUGACCAGGUAGCCGAGCUGCACCGCACCACAUACCUCUCUCUCCAUGCUACCAAGCAGGCCGCCUCUGCCAUGGGUAGGUCUAUGGCGGCCAUGGUAGUAGCGGAGAGACAUCUGUGGGUGAACCUGGCAGACAUCGGGAGGAAAGAAAUCCAGUCUCACCUUCUGAGCUUUUUGGUACCUUCGUCGAGACAGUGGUCGAGAAGUUCAGGGAGGCAAGGGGGCGCUCAGCUGUCUUUAAAUUCUUCAUUGUACAAAUUUCCAGGUCCGAGCCCAAACAACAUAGAGUUCCUGGUCCUUCUCGAUCUGUGGAUCAAAGACAAGCGCAGAAGGCUAGAGUUGCAGCUCGAGCUCCUCUCCCGCCUGUGGGCAGGGGCAAGAGGAAUGGUGGGUCACGAAGAGGUAAGCAGGACCAUUCUCACCCGAAAUGGAGUGAUACCUAGGUAAGCUAAUCAUUCCCUUUGGGUGUUUUUAACUUCUGCUCUUAUCCUCCCCUGCCUAAUUCUCCUGAAACCACCAGCUCUCCACCUGAUCGAGGUUAGGUGAAAAAAUGUCUCACAUAACAGUCUCCUAUGCUGGACCCAUGAUGUUUUUGGUUGGUUGUAUAUUCAUAGUAACCACCUUACUGAUUGUCCGGACUAUAAGGAGGCACCCCGUGAGCGGGGCUCCAGUACAGAAAGGUGGGUGUGUAUGUAACCCUUUCUGUAUACACUUAUGGGUUAAAUUGUUGGUGGUUAUGUGUCUACUAACAAACUCUGUGAGUCUCCUUUACAGUGCUCAGUCACAGCAUUUACUAACACCCAUCAGCACCGACCUUCUGGUCUCAUGCUCUGGUAUUAGACGGCAAGAUCACAGGCUUCUGUGGGAGCCUCGCUGAUCAUCAGAACUGGCACAGCACUGCAGGGGAUUUCAUGGAUGUCCAGCCAGGUCACCCUGAGGGGCCUUCUGGCCACUUAUAUGCACUUUCACAUCCAGCGGGAAGGUGGAGGUGGUAGUUACAGAAUUGUUACUGUAUAUACUGCCUCAGGUGAUGCUCCCCUCGCCAGAGGUUUGCAAAAUUGGAGCUUGCCUCUCCCGUACGGUUCAGCGCCUCUGCAAUGCUUAGGAACCUCUAAGUAUACAGGCUACGCUCUGUGUACUUCCUAAAGUGGUAAGUGUGCAUGCAAGACUCUGCGCACUUUCUGAAAUCCUGUACGAUAAGUGUUAUACGCUCAGCUUCAUUCCUUUUUCGAGAUGGUUAGACCUUGGUUCCUUUGGCUCAAUUCAGUCAGAGUGUAAUUGUUUAUACACUUAAAGCAUUGCAUACCUCAACAUGAGGUAUAUGAGGAUAUCUAGGCGAUCCUCGUGGUAGUUUAGCUGCGGUCCCCUUUUCCAGGAAGGGUCACGUAUGAGUGCGCUACUCUAAAUUUGGAGUUCUCCUCAUAUGAGACAGCGUUCUCUGUUUUUUCCCCAGUGUGCUCCAGCGUUAGUUCCACAGAUUGAGUUGAUAUUCUCAAACAUAUUUUUUGAGAUACACCAUUCCUCUGUGAGCUGCUCGUUCAGAGUGCCACGAGAGCCCCUCCUUAGAACAGUAUUUCUAAAAUCCAUAUUAUGUGCACGUGAAGUCUUUGCUCACUUUCUGAAAUCCAUACUGUGGUAAGUUCGCACGCUAGUGCUCUGUGUUCUUUCUAAAAUCCUUUAUGGUGAGGGUGUUCUUUCUAAAAUCCUUUAUGGUGAGAGUUGGUACUUCGAAGUUCCCUUGAAAGGGAACGUCUCAGGUUACGAAUGUAACCAUGGUUCCCUGAGUAGGGAACGAGACACUGCAUCCUCUAGCUCCCUGCCAUGCUUCGGACGGAAGCUUUAGACAAAGAAGUAAAUGACAUGCUCUCCGGGUGCUUAUUUAUAGUAGCGCCAGUAGUGGCAUCAGAUGCUGUCACCGGCCAACGUGUUGGUGUUUUUCAAAGUAUGCUUCAGACAUGGGUCAUGACGAGGUGUUCCCUAAUGCGCCCCCUAGAGGACGCAGUGUCUUGUUCUCUACUCAUGGAACCAUGGUUACAUUCAUAACCUGAGACGUUUCUCCCAAGGUUUUUUCUCCAUUGCCGCUGUCGCCUCUGGCUUACUUAGUUGGGGUCACUUCAUUUACAGUGAUAUCGUUGACUUGAUUGCAAAUGAUUGCACAGACACUAUUUAAACUGAAUUUAGAUGACAUCACUGAAUUUAAUGGUGAACUGCCUUUAACUGUCAUUUUGCAUUAUUGACACAUUGUUUUCCUAAUGAAUGUUUUUUAGUUGCUUUGAAGCAAUGUAUUUUGUUUAAAGCGCUAUAUAAAUAAUGGUGACUUGACUUGA